CCAACAAUGUACAGUGUAGUUUUACGUAGUUAGGGAAUCCCCCAUUGACGUCAUGUAAGAAAUCCCGAAAAACAACCAAGAAGGAACUAUACAGCUGUACAGAAAGUAUUGGCAUUGGGUAACACUCAAAAAUGGGAGAAUCUGUGACAAUUUUUGUUUUGGCUUUGGUGCUGGUGGUUUGUCAUGGCCAUUCCCUACACUUCAAGUCGUUGAUACAUGAUGUUGUUCCAGAAAUUAAAGAGAAGGUGGCUGAAAAUCUGAAACAUCUCGAGGUAAAACUUCCUGGUAGCGUCUCAGGUUUGCGGAUUCCCGUCAACAAGGAAGAUCUGAAUAAGCUUAAGCCUGCUCUCAAAGAAAUCAAAGAGAAGUUGCCAAAAGAUCUCAAACGCCUUGACUCAAAUCUUCAGGACAGCGUAUUGGGCCUCAGUGACAAGGCAGAAGACAUUGGUGAGAAGCUCCAGCCCAUCCUCAAAGCUCUGGAGAAAGAAGUGUUGAAAAGUUUGAAGUUGAAGGGGAUAAAACAAGGCUGUGGCUGUAAGAGAAAUCUCUGUACAUGCUGUGUACACCUGGAGGUAGACAAGAUCAAGCUGAAUGAUACAGCAUGUGCGGCUGUUGCCUAUCUGCCAAAAGACAUUGGAGUUCAGUUCACACUGUCGCUUGAUGGAAAGACAUUAGUCAACAAAUCUCUGUCAGUAACCAACCCGCCUGCUGUAUGUGUCGGUAUUCCACAUCUAAAGAAUGAUGCCAGUAUCUGCAUCAAGUUCACCAAGCUUGCCGUUGACAAGGCCAAUAGAAGGUUAUCUGGAUGCAUGUCAGUUAUAGUAAAACUCAAAUUCAUUGAUAUUGAUGAAGUGAAAAUUGGUUGCUUCAAGAUUCCAUUUGAAGGAAAUGUGAAAGGUGGCCAGCUGGGAAUCGGAACCAGUAAAACUGGUACUCAGAUGAGCAAAGAAGAUCAACUGAAGAUGUUGUCGCAACUUGGUCUCAUGGGGAAAACUUUCAACAAUGGACAUCUGAUCAACCAAAAGUUGCUGAAUAAUUAAAAACUUGCAAAGUUGUUUUAGGCUACAAAAGCUCCUUUUCUAUGUUCCUUAAGUGGCCUUUUAAACAAAUUUGUUUGAAUAUAUCUGUCAUUAAAAUUUGGACAUGCACACCUCUAUUUAAAGAGUUAUGGCCCUUGGUUAUUCUGUGUCAGAAUAAGGUGAAGUUUUGAUAGCUGUUAUUUGUCGUAUUAAAAUACCAAGAUAUCUUUAUCCACUUUAAGUCAUGCAACUCCAUUUUACAUGUAAAUCAGUGAAAGGAGCAUUCCUUCGUUCUGACAUCAGAAACGUUCAAAAUCUCUUUUGAUAAAAUCUAUGCCUGCAUGAUGAUUAUAUAUGAGUUUUUGUGCCUACCAGUAAUGAAAGUAAUGCUGAAAUGUACAGAAAAAUGACAUUUCGUACACAAAUACUGUUUCCUUUGCGGUAAUUAGUGAUACUUCGGGCUGAAUUGAGAAUUUAUAUGAUAUAAUACUUGAAGUACAUUUUUUUGUACUUUGGCUUCCCUGGUAUCUCGUAUCAAUAUAAAGAUUAUAACUUUUACUACUUUGAAAAAAUACACAUUUCCCAUUAAGUUUCAUUUUGGCGACAGACGCUUUAUUCAAACGAAGGAAUGCCCCUUUAAGGAACAAAGGCAAAUUUUACAAAAUUAUAUAUGUAUGAUCUGAAAUUGUGAUGAAAAUGGUUAAGAUCCAAAAGUGUGGAGGAAGCAAUAAUAAUUUGUUUUCUAAGGUCGUAUCAAUAAUGGCUGUAUUGUUUUUGUCUCUCAGACACAAGGUUUGACUCUGAUCACUAAACUUCUAAUCGUCACUGAGAUAGCGUACAGGAUUUAAGGAAGUUAACAUCCAAAAGUGUGCAAGAAAUAAAGAUAAUUCAAUUCCUAAAGUCUUAUCGAUAGGGAUUGUAGUUUUUGUCUCUCAGACACAGAGUUCCUUCCCUUAUCACUGAACUUCUAAGCAUCACUGAGAUGACAGUAAUACACUUUAAAAAUUUAUUUCAAUCUUGAACAAAAUUUCUAAAUUUGCACCAUGUUAAAAUUGAUUUAUUAUUAAAUGUCUGUGAAUAAGAUAUUUUUUUGCAUCAGAUUUUAUUACAAAUAUUUACAUGCAUGUGCCUGUAUAUAUAGAAAGUUUGCAGUUUUAAAAAAUGAUGGGAUCAUGUUUAAUAAAAAAAAAAUGUUGAAUAAAUUUCAUUAAAGGGAAUCUUAGAAUAUGUAUUUACAUUGGAAGCCAUAUCCUUUUAGAGGAAUUAAAAUUUUGCAUAUAUAUGUAUGUAUUGUACAAGACAAUUUCUAGUUUUGAUUCUAAAUUGUGGUCAAAGUUUCCAUAAAUCGUAAUUAUGUACAGUUGAACCUUUUUAUCUAGAUGUGGUGGGGCCAUGAAUAAACUAUGAGGUAUCCAGAGUAUUCGAGGUACAUCUAGGCGAAUAUAUUUUACGUAGAAUUUUACUGUCGGAACUGAAUUUGCACUUCAAGUUAAGCAGAUUCUUCGAGUUACUAGAGCUCACGAUAACAAGGUUUGACUGUACAUAUGAUUGUCAUUGUCUUCAUAUUGAUAAGAAAUUACAGAACAAUUUUCAUUUUCAUGAAGCUUUUUGAAGAUUAAAAAAAAGGAAUUGAUCACAUACAUCUCAUUUGUAAUGGAAAUAAAUCAAUCUUUUUAUCUCUGA